AUAGUCAUCGUUGGUGCUGGUAUAGCUGGACUCUCGGCAGCUCAAAGACUUCAGCGAAAUGGUUUCCGUAAAAUUACUAUCCUAGAAGCUUCAGACAGAGUUGGUGGAAGAAUACAGACGAUACAAUAUGGUCAAACAGACAAUGAUCUGGUAGAUCUUGGUGCUCAAUGGAUACACGGUGAAGGGAAAGAGAACACAGCAUAUACACUGGCUAAAAAACAUGGAUUGAUAAGUCCUCGUGUCAAACAAGAAUGUGGAAAAUGCUGUAAUGAAUAUGGUAAGGAAAUAUCACGUGAUAUAUUUCUUGCCGUUAUAGAUAUAGCGUAUGAAAUCGAGGUCGAAUUGGACAAAGUUUACCGAAAAAAUCUAUAUUUAGCUGACGCUGAGUUAACAAUACACGAUUUCAUGAACCAAAGGUUUCGUAAACUUCUCAUGACCGCUUUUCCUGAAGAGGACCGCGAGGAUGCAAAAUCUGUGUUUAAUUUGUAUAAAAAUUUACUUCGAUUUGAUAAUGGUGAUGACAUUCGAAAGAUAUGUAGCCGCAACGUCGGACAAUACCGCUCUGUCGGUGAAUGUGAAGACAUAUGUCCACCGGAAGGUUUUCAGUCCAUAAUAAAGACUUUACUUAAAAUGUUAACAGGAAAGGUUCAGAUUAAAUUGCAGUGCUCUGUGGUUAAUAUCAACUGGAAGGCAAGUCAUGGGGUCAAGGUCGUUUGUAACAACGGAAGUGAAAUCCAGGCUGAUCAUGUGAUAGUCACGUGUUCUUUAGGCUAUUUAAAGAAACAUCACAAAACACUUUUUACUCCAGAAUUACCUUUACUAAAAUCUCAAGCCAUAGAUAAAAUAGGUUUUGGUACAGUUAAUAAAAUAUUCUUAUAUUAUAAAGAACCAUUUUGGAUAAAAAAUGAAGGCUCUAUAAGAUAUGCUUGGACUGAUGAUAAUUAUAAUAUAAAAGAUUAUAAAACAGAAUGGUUUAAAGCGAUACAUGGUUUCGAUGAAUUACACAAUAACGAUAAUGUUUUAAUGGGAAGUAUUGUUGGUGAUGAGGGAAGGUUUCUAGAAGGUUUACGUAAAGAUGAAGUAAAGAAGGUUUGUACAGAACAAAUUAGAAGGUUUUUAAAUAAUCCCUCUAUACCUGAACCUACUGAUGUUCUCACUACAAAAUGGUUUGAAAAUAAAUGGACGUUAGGUUCGUAUUGUUAUAUGACAGAAGAAUCGAAUGAAUCAGUUAGAAAAGACUUGAAUUCACCGUUAUAUCAUCUUGAUCAGCCAGGUGUACUGUUUGCUGGUGAAGCUUGUCAUAAAUCUAGAUGGUCUGCUGCAGACGGGGCAAGGUCUAGUGGUUUAGAUCAAGCCCAAUUUCUAGUCAAUCAUUAC